UAGUAAAAUCAGACUGCGAUUCGCCGAGAUCGGAUGAACGAGCAUGCGCAAAAUAUAAGCUGAAGCAGCUGUGAUACAAAAGGCAAACCAGAUGUUGGGAAUCAACAAAAGAGCUUUUGUCAAUUACCACCAGGACAUCUUCAUACCUCUACUCAACCCUGGUACGCCCACAUCUUGAAGUUGAAUAUUGUACUGUAUCAUGAAUAUGACUGCAAGAUAGAAGCUGUGCAAACGAAGAGCAACAAGAAUGAUUCCUGAACUGCAGAAACAAGAUGACGACCAUCACCAGUAAACUGAUGGACAUGGUCGUUGACCAUUUAGACGACAGCUCUCCGACCAAAGUGACCAUUGUUGGUGUCGGGCAAGUGGGCAUGGCUUGCGCCUAUAGCAUUAUGACACAGAAUAUAGCAAGUGAGAUAGCCCUGGUAGAUGUGAUUGCUGAUAAGUUAAAAGGUGAGGUUUAUGACAUGCAGCACGGUCAAGCCUUCGUCAAGGGGUGUUCAGUCAAAGGAGAUACAGAUUACAAAGUAACCGCUGGAUCUAGACUAUGUAUUAUUACUGCUGGAGCUAGGCAGAGGGAGGGAGAGAGCAGGCUUAAUCUAGUACAAAGAAAUGUCAAAAUAUUUGAAGGUAUUGUUCCCAAUCUCGUGCGCUACAGUCCAAACACAGUUCUUCUCGUCGUCUCCAAUCCCGUUGAUAUCCUCACAUACGUUGCAUGGAAACUGAGCGGCUUGCCAUCAAACAGGGUCAUCGGUUCAGGGACCAACUUGGACACAGCACGCUUUCGCUUCCUCCUCGGAGAAAAAUUAGGAAUUGCGCCCUCUAGUGUCCAUGGGUACAUCAUCGGGGAGCAUGGUGAUUCAAGCGUUGCUGUGUGGUCAUCAACAACAGUAGCAGGAGUAAGCCUUCAGCAACUCGACCCUGAGAUAGGCACUGUCAAGGAUCCUGAGAAUAUGCACCAAGUUCAUCAAGAAGUCAUAGACAGUGCAUAUGAGAUUAUCAAAUUGAAAGGCUAUACAUCAUGGGCCAUCGGACUGAGCUGUGCAACGCUUGCUGCAGCUGUGCUCAGGAACCAGAAGGGAGUCUAUGCCGUUUCUACCGUCGCCAAAGGAUACCAUGGUAUUGAACAUCCAGUAUUCCUUAGUCUCCCGUGCAUCCUUGGACAAGACGGAAUCACCCAUGUUAUCAAGCAGACCUUGAAUACCAAAGAGCAGGCCCAACUUCAAGCUAGCGCCAACACACUGUGGGACAUCGCCACUUCGCUGGAUAUCCGCGAGCCAUCGAAGUACACCAACAUGCUGAUGGGGAUCGGCCAUUUUGUAAUGUGGACGUUUGUUCCUUUGGUAGCCCUGUUCGCUGGACAUCGUGCUGGACACGGCCGGGGUUAAUCUUCUUCUUACCACCAUGCAGUAUCAAGGGCAGUGAUUUUCCGUUUGGGGUCAUAGUAGAUUCUGUUUUAAAGUGUUUGAUACAUAUAAAUAUUAUUCGGCCAUACAGUGUACCGUAGAUAAUGUACACAUCUAAUUCUAUUUUCAUAUGAAAGCUUUGAAUCAAAAGGACCUUUGUAUCUUUAAACUGAAAUAGUGUAAAAAAAUUGAUCCAAAACCAUCAGAAACGUUAAGUUAACUGAUAUGGGAAAGGUGUCACUCUUUGAGACUCACUAGAAAUGAAUUGAAAAGGAUGUGACAUUUUCUCUUCUUUUGAAUAUUCCUGGCAGAUUUUGUUACAAGUACAUUUCAUAUUACUAUUUGAAAACACGUGUUCCGUUUCCAAUGGCUGUUUCUAUUUACUCCCCCUUUUCCUGUGAUUGCGGAAGAUCAUUUGCCCUACGGCACCAUUCAGAAAUGCCAUCGGUGUUGAUUCAUGGUACAGUCAAACCUGCUGUAGUGACCACCUGUCUACAAAGGCCACAUUUUUUGUUUCCCUUGA